GAUCCGCAGGUGGUAAAUACGAAGACGGCAGCGAGUGUUACGUAACAAAGAUGCAUUCACAUAGUAAUUGUGUAGCGACACUUGUUUGAGAGGAUGCGGAAUACAAAGAGCAGGCUGGCUGGAAAAGCACGUGAAUGUAUUAAAGCAGCCAGGGUUUGUUGUUUGUCGAAUCGCUUCACUGCCCGCCCGGUGCGAGAAGGAAGCUACGGGACACCUCUGACAAGUGAUUCCAAGUUCUCCCACCCAUCCUGCGUGAGGGAUGAGCCGACUGCCGGGCGACAAGGAGCCGGUGCUUGGAUAAGGCGACGUCAGACUCUGUCGCAACGGCCGCCGAAAUGGAGCCAAAUUACGGAGCAGCAGAAACAAUACUGAACAAGAAGACGAGGCCCGAUCCAGAAGGGGCGAGCAGUCCUCGCAUCCCCCGCGACAGAACGGCGUCGCCGGCCAAGAAACUGACCACUCCGACCAAAGCUGACGUGAUUCGAAGAACGCCUGGCUCGCCGGCAUCACCUGCCCCGCGGCCCAAAAGAGACACCAUGAAGUCAGAGGAGAGGCAGCAACUGGCUAAGGAGAGGCGAGAGGAAAAAGCCAAAUAUCUCGAAGAGCUGAGCAAGUUACAAGCUGCCAAGAAGAGCCAAUGGCUGGAGAAGGAGGAGAGGGCACAGCAGCUGAGGGAGCAGCAGCUGGAGGAACGACGCAGGAGGCUGGAGGAGCAACGCGUCCUGGCGGAGAAACGCCGGGCCGCCCUUGAGGAGCGACAAAAGCAGAAGCUGGAGAAGAACAAGGAACGCUACGAGGCAGCCAUCCACCGUUCCGCCAAGAAGACGUGGGCCGAAAUCCGCCAACAGAGGUGGUCCUGGGCUGGCAACCAGAACCCCAACCAGAAAGAGAGCAGAUGCUCUCUCUCCACCGUCAACCUGCCCAAACACGUGGACUCGGCCCUAAACAAGCGUCUCUCCAAGUCCUCGGCCACACUGUGGAACUCCCCCAGCAGAACCCGUAACGUUGCCCUGAGCCCCUGGGAGAGCAGCAUCGUGGACCGCCUGAUGACGCCCACCUUGGCUUUCCUGGCUCGGAGCCGCAGCGCCGCCAGCGUGCUCCCGAACGGAAAAGACGGACAGUCCCCGCUGUGCCCCCGCUCGUCGUCCGCCAGCCCCUUAACACUGUGCGCCCACCAGCGCUGCUCCGAGCGCUGGAGGGUGACGUCCAGCACGCCCGACAUCACCCAGCGCCAGCACAGACGGAGCUCCACACCCAUGGACAGAACCAAAAAGGAGAAGAAAGACAAGGAGCGGGAGAACGAGAAAGAGAAAAAUGCCCUGACAAAGGAGAAGUCCCUCAAGAAGAGGCAAUCGCUUCCCAGCAUGAGACACAGAGCAGACCUGAGUCCGAGUCCGCUAUCGAGACCGCGGCCGUCAUCGCCCGCCAUGCCCAAAGGCAGGACCGCCUCGCCAAGUCCCGCCGCCUCCCCGAGGCCCCCCUCCACACGCGGCAGCCCGUCGACCCCCAAGGGACGGCCCAGGAGGGCGAGGACCCCCGCCAAGGUGGACCAUCGCACCUCCUCCCCCGUCCAGCUGGAGCGAGUGAGGGAACAUCGCAGGCCAAGCACCCCGGAGAACCACAGUCGGCGUUCUCCUGUGAUUCCUGCUGUCAGAAACUCAAUGGCUUCCAGCAAAUCUGCCUCGCCGUCACCCGAGCCAUAUAUCAAGGACGUUCCUUCGGCGGCGGCGGCGGCCCCCAAGCCCAUGGCGGGCACCAACAACCCAGAGGAGGCGGCCCGCAUCCUGGCAGAGAAACGGCGGCAGGCUCGCGAGCAACGCGUGAGGGAGGAGGAGGAUCGCCGAGAGCAGGAGGAGAAGGAAAGGCUUCUGAGAGAGGAGCGCCUGGCCAGGGAGGAGGAGGACAGGCGUCGGCGAGAGGAAGAGGCGCGAGCCAUGGCCGAGGAGCAGCAGAGGAGGGAUGAGGAGCAGCGGAUGAGGGAGGAGGAGGAGGCCAGGGAGCGAGCCGUGGCCGAGCAGGAGGAGAACGUUCGGCUGCAAAAGCAGAAAGAGGAAGCUGAGGCAAAAGCUCGCGAGGAGGCGGAGAAGCAGCGCCUGGAGAGGGAGAAGCACUUCCAGAAGGAGGAGCAGGAGAGGCUGGAGAGGAAAAAGCGUCUGGAGGAGAUUAUGAAGAGGACGCGUAAAUCGGAGGCAAGCGACAAGAAGGAGACUAAAUGCGCAUUGCCAGAGCCGUAUCCAGAGAGUGCGAAUGAGGUCAAAGAAUGCGAGCUCAACCUGGACAACAACAACAAGACGGAACAUGGACACAGCAGACAAAACCCCCCGGGCCAAACUCAGCUCAACGGGCUCCAGUCCAGCAGACGCGAGCGCAACGGCUUAUCGGCCAAAGUGGACGCAGCGGCGGCGGCGCACUUGGUGGAGGACAUCAUCAUCAACGCCGCCAACGGCGCGCGGGGGCGCUCCGAGGCUGACGGCCACGACAUCCUGGCCUACGACGACGGCGGCGGCAGCACCGCCGCCGCCUUUGUGAAGAAAGCGGCGCCGCUGAAAGCGCAGCACGUGGCAGAAGUGCUGUGAUCCGGCAGUUGCCGUCAGUGUCCAGCCCCUUUCACACAUCCUGUAAGGAAAAAUAACAAAAACAAAACAUUAUUUUCCGCCUUUGGCGCUGAAGUCGGUCGGCGUGUGCGCCUUCAUCCUGCGGACACGCUACACAUCACUAGCUUGUGUUGAACUGGAGGGGAAUAUUUUUGGGGGUGUAAAUAAAUGAGGGAAACAAACAAGCCCACUCACUAUUCAAAUAGUCAUUAGAUGCAAUCAUGAUAAUAACGUUAGCGCACAGCUUCAACAAAAUUGAAGUUACGCAAAGGGCAAAUCCGUAUCAAUACAGAUUUAUUCUGCUAUUUAAAGGCUACAAGAUGUUUUUGUUGUGUUUUGUUAAUUUUAAAUAAUGACAAAGGACAAAAGACUCAAGUGUUCACUCGUGUGCUUUUCCGGACUGAUUUGUGUGAGCGCGCUCGGAAUAUACUUGGACGUCGUCAGCUCCAUGAGGAGUCGUUUAACACGUCUUAUUAAAGACAAAACUCAACUGUC